GUCGAAGGUCCAGAGUUACUGACUAACGCACCAUUUGCCCAUCUAUUUCCCUGCGCCAGCACUUUAGAUCUGGCACUGUUUUACGCUGUCUCUCUCAGGGACCAUUGUGCACUUUGACCCAGAGGAUAUCCUGUGCCUCCUCAGCAGUUGUAGUGUGAGCGCAUUAAAGCCAACGGACAAAAGAUCUUUAAAGCUUUAUGCACUUUUGUCUAGAUAAAAGGAGAUUUAAACAUUCUACAAAGCAGAUAAAAGACAGACUGGAAACAAUAACUUGCAAGAUUUACAAUGAUGGAAGAGGUAAAAGAAGUGACAUCUGCUCUGAGUGUCCAUGGUCAUAACAUCAAAAUUACAGAUGUGGUGAAAGAUGGGGACGCGCUUACUUUUGUAAUCGUGUCUCAGAAGCUGUCUGGGACGGGGGAGUACCAUGUGGACCGGACCUGGGACGACUUUGAAUGGCUGCAGCAGCACCUGUUUUCUCAGGAGGAUGUACCCGGCUUACAGGGAGUCAUAUUUCCUCCUCUUCCUGCAAAGGCCAGUGGGAAUGCAUCUGCCAAGAUUAUGAAACAGCUUGGUGUCCUUGGUUUAGGAGAGUGGCAGCCGUACUGUAAAGCUCUGGAAACUUUCCUCCAGCAGGUCGCUACUCACAAGAUUCUCAACAAAAAUAAAGCCGUGGAGGUUUUCCUGACUAGCUCAGAUGCUCCAGGCAGGCAGAAAGUAAAGAAAAACAUUUUCAACCGGCUGAGUCAAGCUGUCGAAGAGAUGAGAAAAGAAGGCCAUAAGGAUGUGGAUGAGUUCUUUCAAACUGAACGUGAUCAUAACCUCGUCCUAACUGGCUGUACCAAGACUGCUGCCGAGAAAUUUCUAGAUAUGGUGCUAACCGAGCAAAAAAUAGCAGUGGCCUGUGGGCACUUUUCAGCUGCUCUACAUCUCUGUGUGGAACCAGGGGAAGAUCCUGACAAAAAGGCUUUUUCAAGGCUUUGUGUACAAAUUUCAGAAGUGUUCGAUUCCAUGAAGAAAAAUAUGACGAGUGUUGCUGAGAACAAUGUGAACACUCUUGGACUAGGCCUGGACCUGGAGUCACGUUACCAGGAGGCAGAAAAGGAAAUGCUCUUCAGGAGGACCUGUAAACUGGUGGAGUUAGAGAAUGCCAGAAGGAACGCAGAGAAGGCCAAACCUGUCAAGAAAGCAGCUAUGGAAGAAGUGAAGACAGCAACACAGACAGAGUUUCAACAGAUUUGUGGAGUGGCUAGACAGGAGAUCAAACAGUUCCACGGAGUCCGUGUGAAAAUGCUGCAGCAGGCUCUGGUUCAGUGGUGUGAAAAGCAACUUCUUACAGCCAAAGAAAGCACUGACCAGUUCAACCAGCACCUGCAAGCCUUUAGAGGGAUGGCCCAGUGACCUCACCGCUGCCCUCUUAAUGAAGCAUCCUCAAUACGUCUAAACAUAGCAGGGAUACUCCCCAACAUGUCCUUCACCUUGUUGCGCUGUAGCCUCUUGCUGUACUGGAUUCAAUUACAUUCCGUGUAAAUAAAGUAAUGAAAAGCAAAGGAGAGAACGCAAACACUUACUUUCCCCCAGUCUCUCCUCAGCAACACACAUUCCAAUAAAACCCAGGCAGAAAUGAUUGUUCUGAGAUCUUAGCAGUGGGCUUUGUUGAGUGGUAAAGCUGCUGUGUGUACGUGUUCUGUACUACACUGCUGCAUUUGUGCUGAGAGAGUAUUUUGCUGCUCUCUGGCCGCUACAUCAGCUGGGGUCACACAAAAUAAAGUGUGAUGAAUUGAUUCCCCAAGUACCUGCUUGCCUUUGUGUGUGUUUCUUACUCCUGGAUCAUUAAUCAGUUGGUUUGACUGCUCCUGCAAGGACGGGGCAGCAAGGACACCCUGGACUGGCUUUUUGUUUGGCUUUAUUCUGGCUUUGUGAACAUCUGUUAAUGCUCUCUCUUGACAAUCAUCCUAUUUACCAUGUGAUUGUGAGAAAAUGUUUGUGAGGUCUGACGCAAAACUGUGAUACACUUUGCUGAAAAUUUCUGCUUAUGAGCUCAAUGUCAUUCUCCCCUUCUCUGUCUGCUAUGGACUGUAGGUUCAUAUCUCAACACUGCUGUGUGCUUCAUCUCAUCUGUUCUGGCCUGUGAUCUCCCUGUUGGGUAAAUAAAGAGGAGUGGUUCUUA